AUGGCAGUCGAAACCGAUGCCGGAAAUCAUACUCUUGAAGGACCCAGACAGAUACGUGAGGGGGACAAGGUGGUAGUUCAAAAGGAUGAUGUCUACCAAGUAAUCACUGUUCGGUACAGCGGGCUUAUUAGUUUGAAGCAGUCGAAGAUUCCUAUAUCAUGCAUAAUUGGCUAUCCUAUCGGAACGACCUUCUUGUUUGACGGUGUAACGGCCAAGCCCCUCCUUUCCCCCGCCUCCGAAGACCUAAAGAUUGAGGACCUCAACACAGACUCCUCGAAAGACAAUCGUAACUUACACGAUCGCUCCGAAAAUCAGUACCUUAGCGCUGAGGAGAUCCGCGUGCUGAAGUCGUCCGGUGCCACAGGCAAUGAGAUUAUGACAAAAUUGGUGGAAAACAGUUCCACAUUCCACCUGCGAACCAAACUUUCCCAGGAGAAGUACCUCAAGAAGAAGAAACAGAGCUCCCUCCGCUACGACUCUGUGGUGCAGAUGUUACUGCAUUCUAACGUCCAUGCGGCCUGUACAGUCCUUCUGGCAGAGACCUUCUCUGGUCUGCUCAGUCAGGCCAUCCUCGAACGGUUGGGACCGAGGAAUCUGGGUGGACGGCUAAUCCAGUUCUACCAUGGCACCUCACCACCGCGACUGGAACUACCAAACCUUGCCGAAUACGCUAAAACGUAUGCAAUUCAGUUCAGUGAUGUGACUUCCCUGCUUCUCACCGGAAAACUAGCUAGGGAUCACAAGGUAGCGUCACCGACAGCGGAUACCGUGGAACCCCUCCAAGUCGAGGACUCUCUCCAGUGCUGCGAGGAAGGGGAGGAGGAGGAGGAGGAGGAAGCGAGUAAGGAAGCAGUUGGUCCUGAGGGCAGUUGCUCUCCUCCCAGAGCCAAGGUGAGCCUCCGUCUCGCGGUGCCGCUUUUUUGUUCGCUUUCACCUUGCGCUCAGGUCUACUUUCCCUUUUUUGGGCUGCCUUAG